GACUGAGAAUCAAAUUAUUUUACAAAAUUUUAAAAAUUAUACAAAGUAAAUUAUAAAAUUUAUGUCUAAAUCUACAAGUAGGAAUCCAAAUUUUAAAGCAAAUUCAUAUGAGUUGAAAUCUAAUAAAUCUCUGCAUCAUGCUCCUCAACACUUCAAUCAAAUUAUUUUGCUGUGUUUAGGGAACUGAAUAAACUAAAUUAUGAAAUUUACCCCUACAAUGUUUACAUAGAAAUGGAAUCUCCUCCGCACUGUCACGCCCCUUCCUUUCAGCUCACAGAACGCAGAUGAACCUGCACAACGACGAUUUCCAGCCGUUUAUCCUGCAGCAAUUGCAGCACUAUAUCUAUUCAAACCUCCGUUAGGAACCCUAAUUCCUACAAUUUAUUAUUAUUUUUUUUUGCGCGAAGAAUUAGCGGGAGAAGAGAAAGAAUGUUGUUCGAUUUGCUGCUGAAGCCGUCGUGCAGCGGGUGCGGAUCGACGACGGAUCUGUAUGGAAGCAAUUGCAAGCACAUGACUCUCUGCUUGUCCUGCGGCAAAACCAUGGCCGAGAACCGCGGCGCUUGCUACGACUGCGGCGCAACUGUUACUCGCUUGAUUCGGGAGUAUAAUGUCAGAGCGAGUUCCAGCAGUGAUAAGAAUUACUUCAUUGGUAGAUUCAUGACUGGCUUACCAAAUUUCUCGAAGAAGAAAAAUGCUGAGAACGGGUGGUCACUUCAUAAAGAAGGACUACAAGGACGCCAAGUUACCGAUGCCUUGCGGGAAAAAUACAAGAAUAAGCCUUGGCUUUUGGAGGAUGAAACGGGCCAGUUUCAGUACCAUGGCCAGCUUGAGGGAUCUCAAUCAGCGACAUACUACCUACUAAUGAUGCAAGGAAAGGAGUUUGUUGCUAUUCCGGCUGGCUCUUGGUACAACUUUAACAAAGUUGCGCAAUAUAAGCAACUUACUUUGGAGGAAGCAGAAGAGAAGAUGAAGAAUAGGAGGAAAACUGCAGAUGGGUAUCAAAGGUGGAUGAUGAAAGCUGCAAACAAUGGACCUGCAGCAUUUGGUGAAGUGGAGAAGUUUGAUGACAAGGAAAGUAGUGCUCCUGGUGGGCGAGGACAUAAAAAGCCAACUGGUGAUGAAGAAGGCAAUGUCUCAGAUAAGGGAGAGGAAGAUGAAGAAGAAGAAGCUGCGAGGAAGAAUAGACUUGGACUAAACAAAAAAAGCGGUGAUGAAGAUGAAGAAGGUCCAAAAGGGGAGGAUUUUGAUUUGGAUGAUGAUAUUGAGAAGGGUGAUGAUUGGGAGCAUGAAGAAAUUUUCACUGAUGAUGAUGAAGCUGUUGGUAUUGAUCCUGAGGAACGGGAAGAUUUGGCUCCUGAGGUUCCUGCACCUCCAGAAAUCAAGCAGGAUGAAGAAGAGGGGGAUGAAGCUAAUGAAGAGGAGGGGGGACUAAGCAAAUCUGGGAAAGAAUUAAAGAAGCUGCUUGGGCGAGCUGCUGGGCUAAAUGAUUCGGAUGUAGAGGAUGAUGACGAUGAUGAUGAUAUGGAAGAUGAUAUUGGCCUUCCUCCUUCAUUAGCUCCAAAGCAGAAGGAUGCUCCUAAAGAAGAACCUGUCGACAACAGUCCAUUAAAACCUGCUUCUUCUGCCUCUGCUCGAGGAGCACCGCCCACCUCUAAAUCAGCAAAGGGAAAGAGAAAAUUAAAUGGUGAUGAUUCAAAACCGACUAAUGGUGCAACUCCAAAGAAGGUUAAGACAGAAAAUGAAUCUAAAUCUUCCGCAAAGGAUGAAAGUGUGGCAACAAAAAGUACCGUGCCCCCAAAAGCUACACAAUCAUCAUCUUCAAAAUCUGGGUCAACAUCUGCUGGACCUGUCACAGAAGAUGAAAUCAGGGCCGUUCUGUUGCAAAAGGCACCAGUGACCACUCAAGAGUUGGUUGCAAACUUCAAAGCAAGGCUUAAGUCACCAGAGGUGUGCGGUUUCAUUUUUGUUAGAAUCUUUAUAUUGGCUUGCUUCAUUUUGCUACAACCAUUUUUUAAAUUUAAAGUGAUUUGUUUCAUUGUUGUGACCAUAACUACCAAGUAUUGCUUGAGGCCUAUAAACCAUAUCUUGGAAGGACAAAUGAGAUAUUGGGUACAAAUUUACUUCAUUAGCAUGUUUAGGGCUGAAAAUAGAUUUAUGUGGAUUUAACGAAUUGCUAUACAAAAUUGUUUGUCCAAAUCCACAAAAUCUAAGUGAACUCUUAAAUCUAUGCUCCCAAAUAAAGUGGUAUAGUAUUUAGGAUUUGGACAGCAAACAGUUUUGAAUCUGGUGAUUAAUUUAUCAGUUAUACUAUUUUCCUCCAUUGUGCAUGCAAUAUUUGCUUGCACAUCUUUGGAAUGGGAAUAUUUAGAUACUAGGAGUUGAUGCACUAUUUUGUUUUGUCCUCGUUCUGGUUCUUCGUCAUCUUCCCAUGUGUUAGAUUUUCUUUUUAUUAUUAUUAGUUUUUGGCAGUGAGCUUGCUAGGUUCUCACUCCAUGAUGCCUGUUAAUGCAGGACAAGAAGGCUUUUGCGGAUAUCUUGAGGAGAAUUUCUAAGAUACAAAAGACCAAUGGACCCAAUUAUGUUGUAUUAAGAGAGAGGUGAUAAAAAGUUUAUGCCAGACCGAUGAUGCUGCACAUUGACAAAACUACCCAGGAGGCAUGGCUCAUCCUUUCAAAUAGAAUGGAAAAACCAGAAAGGGCAUCACAGAGGUCUUUUUCAUCGACCACUGUUCUUUAAACUUCCGACACUAAUUCAAAAAAUUGUAAAACGUGGAUGGAUUACUGUAUUAUACUUUGUUGUGGAUAUUCUAUCACUCUAAACCAAUACAAGAUAGUGUUAUGAACCUUAUGGUGAAAUGGGAGAUGUUCUAAUUGACCC